AUGUACGAAAAAGAAAAGGAGACUGUAGAAUUGGGUAUUAUUGGAGCUGGUGGUAUGGGGCGUUUCUAUGCGAAAACGCUAUCUAAUGCUGGCUGGAAGAAAGUCAAUGUAUGUGAUUUACCACACAAAUAUGAAAGUCUUCAAAAAGAUUUUGCAGAUACGUCAAUUAAUGUUUUACCAGAUGGGUACCAUAUUUCAAGACGUUGCGAUUGGAUCAUGUAUGCAGUUGAAGCCGAAUAUAUAGAUGCUGUAGUUAAACAGUAUGGCCCUGCCACAAAAAUGGGAGCCAUUGUUGGCGGUCAGACAUCGGUUAAAAAGCCCGAGGUAGAUGCAUUCGAAAGAUAUCUACCAGAUGAUGUCCAUAUCAUAUCUUGCCACUCUAUGCAUGGACCGGGCGUGGAUCCGAAAGGCCAACCUUUGAUUAUUAUACGCCACCGUGCUACAGACGAGAAACUGGAGCUUGUAGAGAAGAUUCUAUCAUGCUUCAAUUCGGAAAUAGCUCAUUUAAGUGCAGAGGAGCAUGAUCGAAUUACGGCGGAUACACAAGCAGUGACCCAUGCUGCCUUUCUAACGAUGGGUAGUGCAUGGAAAGCCAAUGAUCAAUUUCCUUGGUUGAUACCUCACUUUGUAGGCGGUAUUGAGAAUGUUAAGGUCAAUGUGGCUUUACGUAUUUACAGUAAUAAAUGGCACGUUUAUGCUGGGUUGGCAAUAAUGAACCCUAUUGCCAAAGACCAAAUUGCUCAGUACGCUCUUAGUGUAGCUGAUCUUUUCAAACUGAUGAUUCAGGAAAAGGAAAUAGAAUUCCGUCAACGUAUCAAAGAAGCUGGCGAUUUUGUAUUCGGUGGUUUACAAAAGGAUCAUAUUCCAAUUUUGUUGAGUGAUGAAAUACUGGAUGAAUUUUCUUUAUCUAAACUACCAAAAGAGGAGCGUACGCCUAAUUCACAUUUAUCGUUAUUGGCUAUGGUGGAUUGCUGGUAUAAGCUAGGCUUGAAUCCAUAUGAACACAUGGUAUGCCAAACCCCAUUGUUUCGAUUGUGGAUGGGUAUCACUGAAUAUCUUUUUAGAAAUCCAAUUAUGUUAGAUGAAGCGAUUCAGGCAGCUCUUUAUCGAAAAGAUAUUAGACCUGAUGAUAUGGAAUUUGUCACAUGUGCAAGAGGUUGGGCUGAAGCAGUAGCUUUGGGAAGCAUGGAAGGCUACCAAAAGAGGUUUGAAGAAACAGCACUGUUUUUCAAGGACCAGUUUGCUGAAAGUACCGUCUUGGGUAAUCGAAUGAUUGCGAUGAUAUCCAAGAAGCUAACAUCACGAUAA